ACUAAUUAUCUAUAACAUUCAAAUGACCAUUUUCGACAACAUCUGGCCUGGGGAACGCACACGAUGUCAUCUAUUUUACUGCGACGUAAUAUAUUGUACGAAAACCACGAACACCAAUCAGUAGGAUGAGUCAGUCAGUUAAACGUAAAGACAUGGACGUGACUUAUACGUGACCUCUAAAGUGUAUCGAAGUGCACUUGUUCGUAUUUUAUUUAUGUCUCAAACAUUACAGAAUGUAAAACCCAACUGCAUAUAUAUCUAAAAUAUAUUUUCCCUUUUAUUAGUAUUGCAUUGUCCUCUUACAAGAUGGCACGUUCUGUUGCUCUACUGCUAUUACUGUGUUCGUCGAUCGUAUCAACUUUGGCAACACCAUGGGCUUUUUACAACACACCAUCAUUCACACAUCGUCCUCAACAUCAUAACAUUCAGCUGGCAGAUACAGUAGCUGUACCCACCGUACCAAGCAUUGUUAUCAAAGAUAAUGCACAACAAACCAAUAUUGGCAAUGGAGGAGCUGCCUAUGGAAAUGGUGAUGCUGGAAAUGGUGGAAACUUCGAAAACAUAAAUAUCGAAGGUAUAAAGGACAACACUGACACUGUGCCCUCAGAUGGAGGCACUCCCGAUGACGUUUUUAAUCUUGGUAAUGGAGGAAACAGCUACGGAGGUGGUGAUGGUGAAAAUGGUCACAACUUUAGCAACAUCACUAUAACGGGAUAGGCAUUGAAUGGCACACCCUGCAGUAAAUGGCGUAGAUACCUGUUUACAAGUGGUAUAAUGUAAUACCUAGUAAGCUGCUGUUUCUCAAUUGUUAAAUAAUAUCCCAUUAACAAUAUAAAUGUGAAAUAAAAUAAGAUCCACGUCUAAAUUAAUUAUUUGUAUUACCUACCUCGGUUAUUGACUUUAGUAACACAAGAGUGUGUGCCAAAUCAAAUGGUAGUUCUGUGAUUUAUUUCUAAUAAUUUAAGUCAAUACAUUAAAGCCAAAGACCUGAGUUGGUUAGUUUUUAUUUUGGACAUUUAUGCCUCGAUAGCCGAGUGGUCGCAAGUGCGACUGCCGGACAAGGGUUUUCGGGUUCGAAUCCCGGGGUAGGCAAAGUAUUACUGGGUUUUUAAAAACAUCUCAGUAUAGCACGGAGUCUGGAAAUGUGCCCGGUAUAUGACAAUAGGCUCACCCCCUAUUACAUAGUACUCAUAACAUAAAUAGUGAAAAGUGGGUGUUACAUUGUACAGUGGUAUAAUGUGCACCUCUGCCUACCCCUUUGAGGAUAAAAGGCGUGAUGUUAUGUUAUGUUA